AUGGGUGAUGUCGGAGGCUGCCGCAUUUACAAAAUGACCCAGAAACAAUCUGCUAAGAAUAUCCUCCAGCAAGACAUGGUGGCAAAUGUAGAGGCCUUGCACACACAAGCAUACACUCUGAUGGCACCAUGUGGAAUCCAACCCAUAUUGCAAGAAAAUGAAAUGUUAAAUGAAACAGCUGUCACAGAAUUCUUACUUACGGGAUUUUCUGAUAUCCGAGACCUAGAGAUCUUAGGUUUUGUGAUAUUUCUCUCCAUUUACUCCACCGCCGUAACGGGUAAUCUUCUUCUUGUCCUGACUAUAAUCCAGAAUCGCCACCUGCAUAGCCCUAUGUAUUACUUCCUGGGGAAUUUGUCAGUGUUAGAUGCCUUCUACAUCUCUGUCACUGUCCCAAAAUUGAUGGCCAUGUCACUGACAAACAACAAACUGAUUUCCUUCUCUGGAUGCGUGGUCCAAGUAUUUUUAGUUAUUACAUUUGCGGGUUCUGAGUUGUCCUUUCUCACUGUGAUGGCUUAUGACCGUUAUGUCGCCAUCUGUCAUCCUCUGCAGUACAUGCUGGUCAUGAAAUGGAAUGCAUGUUUCCAAAUGGCAGCUUCUGCUUGGAUCUGUAGUUUAAUCUAUGCAGUCGUACAAACAGCUAACACAUUUAAGUUACAUUUCUGUAGGUCAACUAUAAAACAAUUCUUCUGUGACAUUCCCCAGUUAUUAAUCAUUUCAUGUACUGAUACAACAGCUAACUUGUGGCUUAUUGUUGCCGUCAUGAUUAGUCUGGGGUCGUUUUGUUUCUUUUUCAUAUUAGUUUCUUAUGGGUUCAUCUUCUCUACAGUGUUCAAGAUGCAGUCAGCCCAGGCCAGGUACAAAGCCUUUUCUACCUGCAUUCCACACUUGAUUGUGUUCUGCUUGUUUCUUUCUACUGGCAUGUUUUCUUACUUCAGGCCCAAAUCCAUGUCCUCCCCAUCUGUAGACCUUUUAGCAGCUGUCUUAUACGUAGUCUUGCCACCACUCAUGAAUCCCAUAAUCUAUAGCCUGAGAAACAAAGAGAUCCAAGAGGCCAUGCAGAAAAUAUCAAAGAAGGUAUUUGGAUUUCAGCUGGUCAUCUGA